GAGAGGGGAAGUGAGAGAGAGAGUCGCAGUCGCCGCGCAGCCGCUACCGCACGUCAUGCGUAUAAAGGUUCAUCUCAGUGCUAUUUUAGUGAUAGCCUCUGCUUUCUACUUUGGAGUGUGUGACUCAAACAUAAGUAAUGAGUUUCCCAAGCUCUACAGGUCAAGAAGACAGAGCUACUUUUGCAGGAGACAGACUGAUUUCCGCUGUGACGAUGGCCAAUGUAUCAGUUCCUACGACAAGUGCGAUGGAGUCAGACAUUGCAUCGACGGUUCAGAUGAGACUUCAGCUGCAUGUAAAACACCAGGCGUAGAAUGCCCAUUACUGUCCUUCCAGUGUUCCUACGGAGCUUGUGUCGCCGAGAGGCUGAGAUGUGAUGGCAAGGAUGACUGUGCUGAUGGCUCAGACGAGAGAGGCUGUUCUGAGUCUAAUCAGAACGUUUACUACAACCCAUCUGCCUCGACGUGCAGCAAUUAUGAAUUCCGAUGCACAAACGGACAAUGCAUCAGCGAAUAUGAUAUCUGUGAUGGAGUAAAACACUGCAUGGACGGUUCCGAUGAAACACGAAACCUGUGUUUGUACUAUGAGUGUCCUCCGAGAAGUUUUAAAUGUACGUAUGGUGCCUGUUUGAAGCCAUCGUUGAGAUGCAACGGGAAAGUAGACUGUUCUGAUGGAUCCGAUGAACUCGGAAACUGCCCCAGUUAUCCUUCUGUUCCAACUACAACCACUCAAAGGCCGCUCCCUAGACCUCCUUCGCCACAAGUCCCUGCUACAGUCAGACCACCAGCUCCUCUUUCAGUCAACCCACCAGCUCCUUCUUCAGUCAAGGGGCCAAACACCUGUGUACUACCCAACCACCCCAAGCACGGCGCCUACGACGCCUUCACCAAGUGUAGCGCCAGUGACCCACGCCCUGAAUGUUACAAUACGCCCGGGGCAGUUGUCUCCUCCUCUUGGGUGCUCAAGUACACCUGCGACCCUGGCUACAGCACUGACAAGGACUCGGCGUUCUCCAUAUGUGAAAAUGGUGUCUGGGAGAAUCCAAUCGACUGCAUCAAACUCUGCCCACCACUACGUUCCCUUAGUGUGGAUGUUGAAUGCUUUUUUGGAGGUGCGACAGUAAACUGUAGUUUGCCAAUGAAUCCCGACACCCAGGCGAGAGCACAAUGCAAGCCACACUACAAGCUGGCGUCCUUGGCAGAGUACUCCCUCCUGCUUUGUCUCCGUAGUGGCGAAUGGAGCUAUCGCCUCUUUACUUGUUCUCCAGAAUGUGGUUUGUCACUUAAUUCGGAAGAAAUAAAUAAUAAAAAAGGUUCUGUGCCAUUGAUAUCUGGACCUGCAGUUCCGAUUAAAGUUGGAGAGUUCCCUUGGCUGACUGCAAUUUACCGCAAAGUAGAACAAAAAUGGGACCAACAAUGUGGAGGAACUCUCAUCACCCCUCAUAUUAUAAUCACCGCUGCUCAUUGCUUGGUAAAUAACAAUUAUGAAAAUAAACCAGUACACCCAUCUGACAUCAGAAUUGGCCUUGGAAAAUACUUAAGAGACUAUUACAUAAAAGAGCAGUCAUCCAUAAUUUCUGAGGUGAAAGAGGUGGUUAUUCCUGACCGGUACGUCGGCGAGUCCUCGCAGUUCGCCCAGGACGUUGGGCUGAUAGACCUAGUGGUCAGUGUUCAAAUCACCACCACCAUCAUGCCGGCCUGUAUAGAUUGGUCCAGUCAAUUUGAGCCAGGCCCUCAAGAAAUUGGAGUGGUCGCAGGUUGGGGCAGGGUUGGCGCUGGCCUGGAGAGCAGCGAGGUGGCUUUAUCCGCCCGGCUAACAUUCAUCAAAUAUUUAGAUUGUUUAAAGUAUUUAAGUGCGAACAAUAAAAAGCUGGUCACUCCUGAUAAGUUCUGUGCGGGGGAUGUUGAUGGUAGUGCACCCGAGCGAGGCGACAGUGGUGGUGGACUGACGUUCGUCAAAGAUGGGAAACAUUUCCUCAUCGGAAUCGUCAGCACGAAGAUUCCAGGCUUCAGGUUGUUUUUAGACCUAAGCAAUAAGCUGCACAGGCCUUGGCUGGAAUCAGAAAGGGAAAGAUUGAGACAAUCUCACGUUGAAUUUUAAUAUGGUAUUCAUGUUUGAUAACAAACAACAAAUUCUAUGUAUUCACAAAACGGCCCAUUGAUAGGACAUUUUAAUUUUAAAAGAAAAGAUAACUGUUUUGUUUAAAAUAACAAGAAGUAAAUGACAUUCCACACAGUUGAAAUCCGUUGGAAAUCUCCCUUAAACUCGAUUUCUCUGUAAAGUAAUUACAAGUGUACUUUUUAAUUAAUGCAAUGUUUUGUUGCAUUUUCCAAUAGUAGAUAAGUUAUCAUAGUUAUCACCCAGAAUGAAUUCAUGAAUCUAAAUUGUAGUACAAUAUGCAAUGUAUACGAUGGAUUUUACCCA